UCUCCGGGGCUACGGGUGGGGGGGGCAAUGUUGAUUUGGGCGAAUUCCCACCGUUGUCGGACCCCGCCGAGGUUUAAUUUUAAAAGCUCGGUUCACUAACGAAAACUGGCAGGGUUUCGAUAGGGAAUAUCACACCCCUGCCUUCGGUGUCGUUAUUUCUCGGGCUGGGAGAGAGGUGGGGUGCCCAGGGUGGGCUCGCACGACGGGGGCAGCAAGGAGGGACAGGAUCCAGGCCAACUGUGACUGGCUCGGCCUGACAGUCCAGCAUCUGAGAUUAUACACCGUUAGCUUCCCGUGGUUUCGGGCUUUACGUCGUCUACUGGUGGCUGGUGACCGUGGAGCAAGUGGAGCCCACUGUCGUGGCGCCGCCGCCACCGCCGCAUCACGGAGCGCUUGAUACAUCUGGAUUUAAGGAAUAUCGUUCGCACCUAAUCGAGCUCAGACCGGCUUGAGGAGGCGGCAGGGCGGCCGAAAAAGCCACGGAUCGCCCGUUGUUAACUUGUCAUCAUGGGCAACGCGCCCACGGCAAGGAAGGGCAACGAGAUGGAAAGCGUCAAGGAGUUCCUUGCUAAAGCCAAAGAGGACUUCCUCAAGAAAUGGGAGAAUCCUGCACAGAACACUGCUUGCCUGGAGCAGUUUGAGAGGUUGAAAACCCUGGGCACGGGCUCAUUUGGUCGUGUUAUGCUGGUGAGACACAGAGAAACCGGACAGCAUUAUGCUAUGAAGAUCCUCAACAAGCAGAAGGUAGUGAAACUCAAACAGAUAGAGCAUACUCUGAAUGAGAAGAGGAUUCUUCAGGCUGUCAGUUUCCCAUUUCUGGUGCGGUUAGAGUACUCAUUCAAGGACAACACCAACCUCUACAUGGUGAUGGAAUAUGUACCAGGUGGAGAGAUGUUCUCCCAUCUACGGAGAAUUGGCAGAUUUAGUGAGCCUCACGCACGGUUCUACGCUGCUCAGAUUGUUCUGACCUUUGAAUAUCUGCAUGCUUUGGACCUGAUCUACAGAGACCUGAAACCUGAGAACCUGCUCAUAGACCAGCAGGGCUACAUUCAGGUGACAGAUUUUGGCUUUGCCAAACGUGUAAAAGGUCGGACCUGGACACUGUGUGGAACUCCAGAAUAUCUGGCCCCUGAGAUUAUUCUCAGCAAGGGUUAUAACAAGGCAGUGGACUGGUGGGCGCUGGGCGUGCUUGUCUAUGAGAUGGCAGCAGGAUACCCUCCUUUCUUUGCUGACCAGCCUAUUCAGAUUUAUGAGAAGAUUGUAUCAGGGAAGGUGCGUUUCCCAUCUCACUUCAGUUCAGACCUGAAGGACCUCCUGAGGAAUCUACUACAGGUUGAUCUCACGAAACGUUACGGGAACCUCAAGAAUGGGGUCAACGACAUCAAGGGACACAAGUGGUUUGCCACCACUGACUGGAUCGCCAUCUAUCAGAAAAAGGUGGAAGCUCCCUUCGUCCCCAAAUUCAAAGGACCAGGCGACACCAGCAACUUUGACGACUACGAGGAGGAGGAGAUCCGUGUCUCCUUCACUGAGAAAUGUGGCAAGGAGUUUGCUGAGUUUUAGAGUUUAGAGGAGGCGACAGAGGAGGAAAGAAGGAAGUAGGGAGAGUCUAAGGUAGGCUGGUCAAGUGGGAGACCUGAGGAGAGAAUACUGUCUCCUGUCCAAUCACAAGCACCAGCUACAAAAA